AAUUAUCAACAACAACCUAAAACAUCAAGUUCAAGCAUAUCCAGUAUCGAACUAGAAAAUAACAAUAAAACCAAUAACGAAGAUAUUGUUAAAACUAAUGUAUUGAGACAAGUAGAAUACUAUUCACCAGGUCAAGAAAGACCACAAGUAAUAUUCAUGAAUCUAGAAACAAUUCAAUCAUUACCAAAAACUGAAGAAAUAAUUCAACAACCACCAAAAUCGCCAAACUG